AUGGCAAUGUCUGAAUCCCAGGAUGAUAAUUUUUCUGCUAUGCCAGACAGUUUACGAGGAAGAGAAAGGCCUGUAUGUGGAAUCAGAGGGAAAACUCUCAUAAUUAACCUGCCAGGUAGCAAGAAAGGAUCUCAGGAAUGCUUUCAGUUCAUACUGCCAGCUCUACCUCACGCCAUCGACCUUUUACGCGAUGCCAUUGUAAAAGUAAAGGAGGUGCAUGAUGAACUUGAAGAUUUACCUUCCCCACCACCUCCUCUUUCCCCUCCUCCCACAACCAGUCCCCAUAAACAGACAGAAGACAAAGGGGUACAAUGUGAGGAAGAAGAAGAAGAGAAGAAAGACAGUGGUGUUGCUUCAACAGAAGACAGUUCCUCGUCACAUAUAACUGCAGCAGCCAUUGCUGCCAAGCCUCCAUUCUACACCAGUCCUGCUGUUAUCAUGGCACACGGUGAGCAGCCUAUCCCUGGUCUCAUCAAUUAUCCCCAUCAUGCAACAGGCAGUACAGAUGAACGGAUUCCAGACUCCAUCAUUUCUCGUGGUGUUCAGGUGCUCCCACGAGAUACAGCCUCCCUCAGCACUACCCCUUCUGAAUCACCUCGUGCUCAGGCUACAUCUCGCCUCUCAACUGCUUCCUGCCCAACACCAAAAGUAGGUCACAGUGCUGUCGACAUCACCAAGGUGGCUAGAAGGCACCGCAUGUCUCCAUUCCCUCUGACUUCUAUGGACAAAGCCUUCAUCACAGUUCUGGAGAUGACGCCGGUGCUUGGGACAGAAAUCAUCAACUACAGAGAUGGAAUGGGCCGAGUCCUUGCUCAAGAUGUGUAUGCAAAAGACAACCUGCCGCCCUUUCCAGCAUCAGUAAAAGAUGGUUAUGCUGUCCGAGGUAGUAAUAAAGUGACAGACAUAGGAACAAUUAAGGAAGAAAAAGAGGGACUAAGGAAGAAUGCAUCUUUAAGAAGAAAGCAGAAAUCCAGGGGUGAUAUAACGGGAAGACCUGCACCUAAUAAACCCAAAACUGCAUUCAGGAAGCCAACUCAAACAGUGAUGCCGGGACAAGUCAUGCGGGUUACAACAGGUGCUCCAAUCCCCUGCGGUGCUGACGCAGUCGUCCAAGUGGAAGACACCGAACUUAUCAGGGAGUCAGAUGAUGGCACUGAAGAACUUGAAGUACGAAUUCUGGUGCAAGCUCGGCCAGGCCAAGAUAUCAGACCCAUCGGCCAUGACAUUAAAAGAGGGGAAUGCGUAUUGGCCAAAGGAACCCACAUGGGCCCCUCAGAGAUUGGUCUCCUGGCAACUGUAGGUGUCACAGAGGUUGAAGUUAAUAAAUUUCCAGUGGUUGCAGUCAUGUCAACAGGGAAUGAGCUGCUAAAUCCCGAAGAUGACCUCUUACCUGGAAAGAUUCGAGACAGUAAUCGUUCAACCCUCCUCGCAACAAUUCAGGAACAUGGUUACCCUACAAUCAACUUGGGAAUUGUGGGAGACAACCCAGAUGACUUACUCAAUGCCUUGAAUGAGGGUAUCAGCCGUGCUGAUGUCAUCAUCACAUCAGGGGGUGUGUCCAUGGGGGAAAAGGACUAUCUCAAGCAGGUGCUGGACAUUGAUCUUCAUGCUCAGAUCCAUUUUGGCAGGGUUUUUAUGAAACCAGGUCUACCAACAACAUUUGCAACUUUGGAUAUUGAUGGUGUAAGAAAAAUAAUCUUUGCACUACCAGGAAAUCCUGUGUCAGCCGUGGUCACCUGCAACCUCUUUGUUGUACCUGCCCUGAGAAAGAUGCAGGGCAUCUUGGAUCCGCGGCCAACCAUCAUCAAAGCCAGGUUAUCAUGUGAUGUGAAACUGGAUCCCCGUCCAGAAUACCACCGGUGUAUCCUAACUUGGCAUCAUCAAGAACCACUGCCUUGGGCACAGAGUACAGGUAAUCAGAUGAGCAGCCGUCUGAUGAGCAUGCGCAGCGCCAAUGGGUUGUUGAUGCUACCUCCAAAGACAGAGCAGUACGUGGAGCUCCACAAGGGCGAGGUGGUAGAUGUCAUGGUCAUUGGGCGGCUAUGA